CUCUCACUUUCAACACCGAAUCUCUCUCUGCUUUCUCUCUCCACCAGUUUAUCCUCAGCAGUGCAGUGUCUCAUAUUUUCUCCACCGUAAAAAAAAAAAAACUUAGAAAACCACAAGCCUCUCAUCUUCAAUCCCAUUUUCAGCCUCAAAACACCACAGAAAACCUACUCAAACCCAUAAAUCCAUGGCCAAAAAGAAGGUGACCAACCCAGAAAAACCACCCCAAAACCAAGAGCAACAGGAGAUCCACCAAACCUUGACCAUGGAGGACGCUUCAGAGAAGCUAGAAAGCCUGAAAUUCCUCAACUCUAUGCUUCUCAAGGAGACCGUUGAACGCCGACAACAAGUGGACUCACUUAUGCAAUCAAAAGGGUCUCUGGAAUCGGAGCUUAUUAGAGCUAACUCGGAGAAAGAAGUUUUACAGUCUGAGUUGACUCGGUUGAAUGAAACAACCGUUCAGUUGGAAUUGGAGAGGAAUUUGGUGUUUGUGUUUGUUGCAAUGCAGGUGACACAACAUGCUGAGGUGGUUGAGAGGGAGAGAGAUGGGUUUUGCAGGGAGAAAGUGGAGAUUAAGAGGAAAAUGGGAAAUUUAGAGAGAGAAAUGAAGGAGGUUUUGAUUGAGAAAAGUGAGAUUGAGAAGGAGAAGAUUGAGAAAGAGUUUGAAAUUGGGGAAUUGAAGAAGAAUUUGAAUGAGCUUGAGGUUCAGCUUGCUAAUGAGAGAGAUUUUUUGAGCCGGGUUUGUCAAGAUAAAGAUGAAACGAGGGCUACACUUGAUCUGCAAAUUGAGGAGACAAAUGGGUUGAGAGUGAAAUUGAUUGAGACAGAGAAGAAAGAGAAAGAGAUUCUGGAAGAGCUUAAGAAAUUAAAUGUCGAAUAUACUGGUGUAGUGGAGGAAAAAGAUGACAGAGAACUUCAAAUUAAAUCAAUGAUGAGGGAUAAGGACUUGAUGGAGAGGAGUUUAGAGGAGUCAUAUAGGGCAACUGAGGAAAUGAAGACAGAGAUUGAGGAAAUUUUUAAGGCAAAAGAAGUCGUUGAGGAGGAGAGAAACGUAGAAAUGAGAAAGAGAAAUGAGUUGGAAAAUGAGUUGAGUGUGCUCAAGGAGUGGGUAUUGAGUCUGAAAAAGGAGGAAGAUAGGCUGCACGCAAAUUUGAGUGAGUCAGAGAAGAGGUGUGUUGAAGGUGUGGAGAAUCAAAAGCAGAUGAAAAUAGAAAUGAAUAUGAUGGUAGAAGAAAAGAAAGAGACUGAGAAGAGGUGUGAGAGCUUGAUUGAGGAAAAAAGCUUGGUAAUGAAAGAUUUGAAUGAAGCUUUGAAACAAUUAGAUGAAAAGAAAAAAAAGAUGGAUAAAACAGUUUUGGACAAAAUUGUCAUAGAGGAGGCUAAGCUUGGAAUGGAGAGUGAUAUUGUUGGAUUGCAAAAACAAGUGGCUGAACUGAGGGGUACUAUCUCAUCACUGGAAGAGUUAAGCAAGGAUCAAAUGGAGAAGAUCAAGCAAUUGGAAUGUGAAGUUAUAGAUCAUAGGGAUGUGAUUGAUCGAGUUACAAUGGAGAGGGAUGAGGCUAGAAAGGAUUUUGAUGAGGAGAAAGUUAAUGGAGUGAACUUGAGGGCGAAAUGUUUGGAAAUGGAGAAAAGUACUGAAGAAACCAAGAAGCUAGCUGGGGGGAUGGAGGCUGAAAAUUGCAAGCUCAUAGGGGAGAAGAAAGAGUUGGAGAGCCACUGCACAAUGUUGAUGAAGGAAAUAGCCUCAGUGGAGGAAACACUUGCUGAGGCCAGAAAAGAAUUUGAUGACAUGCGGGCCAAAGUGAAAUUAUCAGAUCUCAACUCGGAGCUAGUAUUGAACAUGUUAAGGAAAACUGUGGCAUUGGUUAGCUCUAACGACGAAAGGGGUGUCAUUGAAGAUAGUGUGCUUGUCAAUGGGCAGAAGGCAAAAGAAGAGACCGAACCACAUGUCAGAGAAUUGGAAGCAAUCAAGGAUGCUUUCAAGGGUAGAGAGAAUAAGGUUGAAGACAUGAGGCGGGAGCUUGAGUUCUUGCAGAAUUCUGUGGCAAAGGCGCGCAAGAAGAAUGGCUUUUGGGCUUUGUUGUCUUCUGCUACAACUAUUUUUGCUGCUGUUUCUGUUGCGUAUGUUGCUCGUGGACAUUGAGUGGAUCAGGUUUCCGGAUAAGUCCUCUUUGUUAAGCCAAGUUCCUACAGCUUUAAGUGUAAACAAGUCUGUUUGCUGAAGCUAGGAUCAUGUCCUCACUUUUUUUUAUUGCUCUUUCACUACAAGAAACAACUAAUUGAUCUACAUGUCAGUUACUUGAUAUUUUUGACUGCUAUGGAUUUUAUCUUAUGCUCCUUCCAAUUCUUUCACCGGUGUGUUCAUUUGCAUAAUCAUG